CCGGGGAGCGACCUGUCAGCGCACCUCGCAGGCCGGCCCCGAGGACCCUUCCCACGCGCUGGUUUGUCCCCGGGAGAAGGAGAGUUGGGAGCCCUCUCCGUGCCUUAUCAAGUUCCUUAUCUGAGCGGCUGCCAGACGCUGUAGACCAGUUCGGCUUUAUCUGGUGCAGGGGAGGAAAACAGUGUAUCUCUCGCACCCCAUCCCAAAUCGAGGACCACCUAUUCUGCCGUGGUUUAAUUCACGAAGAUGGUGAAAUGCAGAUUGCCGUGUGAAGCAGCUAGAUCCCUGUUGUGGACUGAGGGCUUCGUUUUCACCUUCCAGCUCCCGAUCUGUACUCUGUGAGAGAGGACACUAAUUCUUCUCCUUCAUCCCCUUCCCUAAACCUUUCCUUGCUUCCAUGUUGCAUUGGUCAGACUUUUGGUCAGUGUUGUUUACGGAAGGGGAGGGGAAAGAAGGCAGUUGAGGUUACAAACAAAAGUACUUGUAUGACUCAUCUACUUGGAUUUAAGACAUUAUAUCCUUCUUUCAAGGGGCCUUUGCUUCUCUCUGAAGGAAUCAGAUGCUUGUUUCUAUUCUUCCAGAGGAGGAUGGAUUGAAAGUUGUCCAUUUUAGACUUUUCUUGGGCCACUGCUGAUAUUAUUAAAGACAUAAUGGGGCUUUUUCACUGGAUUAUUGCCAGGAUUAGUUUACACACUGAAACAAUGAGUUGUUAGGCCUCUCAUACGAUAAUAUUUGUCCUGCUUUAAUAUAAAGUUGCUGCGGAGGUGCAUUAAAAAUCGUGGAGGACAGUCUGCAUCAGGAGAGGCUCUCUUCGUCUCUGGUUGGUGUGGCAACCAGCAAUCUGUCCUCGAUGCCUUCAGCCUUGGCCAUCUUCACUUGCCGCCCGAACUCUCAUCCGUUUCAGGAGCGUCAUGUCUACCUGGACGAGCCCGUCAAGAUCGGCCGCUCCGUGGCUCGCUGCCGGCCAGCCCAGAACAACGCCACGUUUGACUGCAAGGUGCUCUCCAGGAACCAUGCUCUUGUCUGGUUCGAUCACAAGACAGGCAAGUUCUAUCUUCAAGACACUAAAAGUAGUAAUGGUACCUUUAUUAAUAGUCAGAGACUGAGUAGAGGAUCUGAGGAAAGCCCACCAUGUGAAAUAAUGUCAGGUGACAUCAUCCAGUUUGGUGUAGAUGUGACGGAGAACACGCGGAAAGGUAAGGUUACCCAUGGAUGUAUAGUCUCCACAAUCAAACUGUUCCUUCCAGAUGGAAUGGAAGCUCGAUUGCGAUCAGAUGUUAUCCAUGCUCCAUUACCAAGUCCUGUUGACAAGGUUGCUGCUAACACUCCCAGUAUGUAUUCUCAGGAAUUGUUUCAGCUUUCACAGUAUCUACAAGAAGCCUUACAUCGGGAACAAAUGUUGGAACAGAAGCUGGCAACCCUUCAGCGAUUACUUGCUGUCACACAAGAGGCUUCAGAUACUAGUUGGCAGGCUUUAAUAGAUGAAGACAGGCUGCUAUCAAGACUAGAGGUUAUGGGAAAUCAAUUACAGGCUUGUUCAAAGAAUCAAACAGAAGACAGUAUACGAAAAGAGCUUAUAGCAUUACAGGAAGACAAACACAACUAUGAGACAACAGCCAAAGAGUCCCUGAGGCGGGUCCUUCAGGAGAAAAUCGAAGUGGUCAGAAAAUUGUCUGAAGUGGAGCGGAGUUUAAGUAAUACAGAAGAUGAAUGUACACACCUGAAAGAAAUGAAUGAGCGGACUCAGGAAGAAUUAAGGGAAUUAGCUAAUAAAUACAAUGGAGCUGUAAAUGAAAUUAAGGAUCUUUCUGACAAGCUAAAGGCAGCAGAAGGAAGACAAGAAGAAAUCCAGCAGAAAGGACUGGCUGAGAAAAAGGAAUUGCAGCUUAAAAUAGAUGAAAUGGAAGAAAGGGAGCAAGAGCUUCAAGCAAAAAUAGAAGCUUUGCAGGCCGACAAUGACUUCACCAACGAGCGCCUGACAGCUUUGCAAGUACGGUUAGAACACCUUCAGGAGAAAACUCUUAAAGAACACAACAGCUUAGGCAUACAAGUUGACGACUUCAUACCUAAAAUUAAUGGGAGCACAGAGAAAGAGCACUUUCUUUCAAAGAGUGGAGGGGACUGCACUUUUAUUCAUCAGUUCAUAGAAUGUCAGAACAAGAUCAUAGAUGAAGGACAUCUAACCAAAGUGGAAGAAACAAAGCUUUUGAAAGAGAAUCAAGCACGAGUCAAAGAAUCCAACGAUUUGUCGGACACUCUCAGCCCAAGCAAGGAAAAAAGCAGCGACGACACUACAGAUGCUCAAAUGGAUGACCAAGAUCUAAAUGAACCUAUUGCUAAAGUAGCUCUUCUAAAAGAUGAAUUGCAGGGUGCACAAUCAGAGACUGAGGCUAAGCAAGAAAUUCAGCAACUGCACAAGGAGCUGAUUGAAGCCCAAGAGCUAGCUAGGACAAGUAAACAAAAAUGCUUUGAACUUCAAGCACUCUUGGAAGAAGAGAGAAAAGCAUAUCGAGUGCAAGUCGAAGAAUCUAACAAGCAAAUAAAUGCUCUGCAAGCCCAGUUGCGAAGGUUACAAGAAGAAAUUGAGAAUCUUCGUAAGGAAAAGGAGCACGAGAUUUCAAGCACUCGAAACGAACUAGUCAGUGCUCAAAAUGAGAUUCUGUCACUUCAGCAAGUAGCAGAAAAGGCAGCAUCAGAACGGGACACAGAUAUUUCCACUUUGCAAGCAGAGCUGCAGACGGUGCGAGCGGAGCUUGAGCGGUGGCGGAAGGAUGCCUCGGAUUAUGAAAAAGAAAUUGUCGACCUGCAAGCCAGUUUUCAGCUCAGGUGCCAGCAGUGUGAGGAUCAGCAGAAGGAAGAGGCCACUCGCUUAAAAGGUGAACUUGAAAAGCUGAAGGCAGAGUGGCUUGCUCUGGAAGCUGAAUGUGUUAAACUAAGGAAGGAAAAUACUUUGCUUACAUCUGAACUUCAGCGACAAGAGAAGGAGCUCUCUAGCUCUCAGAAACAGAGUUUAGCACUGACCAGCGAUAUAAGUGUUCUUGAAAUGUCUCGAAAGGAACUUGAAAAUCAGAUGGGAUCUUUGAGAGAAAAACAUCAACGGGAUGCAGCUAGUCUGAAAACUCAGCUCAGUGAAGCUGAGAGUCAAGCAAAAGACGUUCAGAAAGAGUAUGAAAGAACACAGACUGUGCUCUCAGAGCUGAAGGCAAAGUAUGAGGUGGCUGAGCAGGAGAAGCAGUCACUCACAGAAGAGCUCAAACAGUGUAAAGAGAACCUGAAGCUGCUACAAGAAAAAGGAAACAACCCUUCCAUAUUACAACCCGUCCCAGCCGUAUUCAUCGGCCUAAUCCUGGCUUUCCUGUAUUGGUGUUACGGCCCAUUGUGGUAGCGAAAGAGACAAUGGCCUUGGAUGCCUGUGAUGGCAGCUUUGGUUGCUGUAACAGCCGUGGUGCUGUACCCAGGCCUAACCAGAGCUUCUCCAUGAGAACUGUUGUUGAAUCCAUACACCGUCCUCCCUUUAGAAGCUGGCAACAUUCAUAUACUGAGGGAAAACAGAUUAAUUCUCUUCCUUUUUACCUCUUAAUACAGCACAGCUCUGCGUGAGAACAGCAGUAGGGUCAUUUGCUUUAAACUGUAUAAAAUGUAUCUGUCUAUAAAGAGGGAAUAAAAUUGUGAUUCAUCAUACUGUGAGCAAUAUUUUUGCUUACAACUUCAUGCAAGUUUUAAAUUAGUAUGUUGGGGUUCUGAAUACUAUAAUGGUGGCCUAAAGUAGGCUUCUUGGUACCAAAUUAUUUAUAAUGGCUAGGGUUGUGGACACUGACUUUAGAAUCUGAUUGCCAGAAAUAAGAGGAAAAUACAUUUCUGAUUUGGACAUCCAAGCCAAGUAACUUUGCAGAUACUUGGGAAACAGAUGCAGUGUGCUCAGUGCCUUUCAGUAUGAUCUAUUUUUUUUUUUUUAACUAGUAUAUCAUUUACUUGCUGUUAGUCACUGAGCUGUUGGGAACAAGACUUUAAGAAAACUUCUCUUAACCACGCCUUUCGAAGGAAGCAUAUUUUUCUUUGAUAAGGAUUGCUUUAUUAAUGGGUUUGGGGAAUAAACACAAUUCAUGUCCAGCCUUAAAGAGAUAGAGAUAUUGAUGGUGAAGACCAGCCUAAAGUAUUUAGUGUGCGCGAGUGCGAGUGUAGCAUGUGUGUGUUCUUGAGUGAACUGAGGUGUUUCUGGGAGCAAGUACUUGGUCAUUUGAUGGACAUAGUGCAGUGAUUCAACUUACGUUAACUUUAGUUUGAAUGUAAUUUAUUAAAUUUCAUAUAUUUAAAGAGAUACGUUCUUUAAAAGUAUGAAUACCUUCUCACAUAUCACAUGUAUCAGUUUAUUUUUUCAGUCAUUUGAUACUCUCUGACUUGAGCUGGAGAAGCUCUUUAGAUAAGCUUUUGUUGACGUAACUUUAUUAAGAGAACUGCUACAGUAUGUCUGUGAUUAGCUGAGAACAUCUAAGAUACAUAAAAUACUACGAAAUUGGAAUCAUAUGCCUGCUGAAGUAUUGUCAGGUGAAGAUGAUUUUAAUUUGGUAGUAAAAUUUUGUGCAUCCUCAUCACAUGGCUGUAAGUAUGAUGCAGUGGUCCCCAUUACAAAGUUGAUUUUCCUUAUCUAAGUACUAUAACUAUUGCUAUUUGCUGACUUUUGGUGGGAAUCACUGUAGUUAGUGCUGAAUUAAAUGUAGACUGUAGUUGUCUUGUUCAGCUCAACAGUUCUGUCAAAAAAGUUUAUUAAAGACUUAAAUAAUAUGCUAAAGAAUGGUAAAGUAAAAGGAAACUUCAAAAUAGGGAGGUAAUCUCAGCAAUUCAAUUGGCUUUAAAGGAUGUUAUGGCAAUCGACAGAUAGUUUAAAUAAUUAAAUAGAAAUUUAGCCUAUAAUUUACUUUGUGAGGUUUUAAGGGUCAUUGUCCUUUAAUUAAAGGUUCUAUCUUAAAUUACAUGGGUUUUGCUAAUGGGAGGAUUAUUAGUUGGAAAAAAUAGUCCACAGGUGACUUGUAGAAAAUAAAUAUUGUCAUUUAGUUCAUUCAUUUCAUCCUUUUCAGUUGCAGGAAGCCACCCAACCACAGAACACUCGUAUGCCAGUGGUACUUAGUACCUCUUGUAUAUAGGUUAUUGCAAAUAUUGUUCUGAAAUGCUUAACUUCAGAAUUACAUUUUUUAAAGUAAAUAAUUGUUUUAAAUCUAUUUUGUAAAGAUAUAAAAAUACAAUAGAAUUUCUGGAGUACAGAUUAAACUAUUUGCACUAACACACGUGAUGUGCAUGAUUUAAUAAAAUAACUUUACUCUCCCUAUGCAUGUUUGAGUUGAAUGUCAUUUGAAAACAAGAGAUUCAUGCUAAGUUUCUUUUGCACUAGAUACUGCCACAGUUAUAGGCACAAUGUCUGCAGCAUGUCCAGUAGAAGCAAAAGACUUUUUUUUUUUUACUUUGUAUUUCACAUUUGCACUGGUUUUAAGUUUUUGUCUGGCUGAUCCUUCUCCUGUUUGUGGUUUUCAGAAAGAAAUGGGGUAGGAGAGACCCAUGGAAGGCUUAGGAGCAUCUUUCCAUGGGGGAGGAAAAAAGUGUUCAGAGCUGAAGGGUGGCUGUGCCUGUGGCAGGGUGGUGAGAUGGGAGGAGCAGUGGCUGCAGGUCCUGGGCAAUAGAGGAAAAAAGCCCUGCUGGGGGAAGGGACCUGAUGCUGCCUCCUCACGUAUUCAGCAUCUCAAACUCUCUGUUUGUCCCUCUUUCAGCUACUGUUUCUUUUUCAGUGGAUUCUCUUCUCUGCUCCCUGCAUGUAGACAUGGUGUGAGGAGGUGGAGUGGAGCCUGGUGGAGCAGGGGUCCCUCCUGCCUGGCAGCAGGGAAGGUGCCAAGUUCCCUGGGAACAGCUGGGAGGGACCUGAACUGCAGCAAUGCCGCCUAGGACACAAGUUUGUUCAUGUAUUGAAGACUAAUGUUGAGUUUUCAGAAAUCUUUAGAGCAUCAGAGAGCUGCAGCUUGAGACCCAGCGUGGUUGUAUUAAGGCAGAAAUAUUUCUAAUCUCAUUCUGUGCAUGUGUGCAUAUUUAUAUACACAUAGUACACAUUGCAUGGGGGUUUAUGCUUACAAGUAUACCUGUGGUUCCCUAAUACAGUGCCUUUCCCAGGAGUUCUUGACAAUUGCAUGUUCAAAAUGAGAAUGUUCAAGAUGAGGAAUGAGCUAAAAUGCACAGUUCACUCUUAUGUUGUGAAAAUCCCUGGAGAAGGGUUGGGUAACUGGGAAGCUGCUCUUCUUCAGUGCUUUGAUACUAAAACAGCAAGUGGAGUUAUUUUGCAAACACUCCUUGCACAAUUCUUUCUGGUUUUUUCUUGCUUUUUUUUAAAUGGUAAAUAUGUGUGUUCUUUUACCUUCAAAUUUAGGUUCUUUCUUCUGUAAGGCUUGAUUAGCUAAGCCCUGGAGUUACUGUAAUGAGCAGCUUUUCACAGGUGUAAGAUGCUCUACUUGUAAAACAAGUGCUCUGAGCUUGCACUGAAGUUUGAGGUUUUAAAAAGGUUCCUCAUACUAGAAAAGUUAGAGAGUUGUUUUAUCAGUUGCUAGUUCAGUUUGGAAGAUUUACUAUAAUAGAAUAUCUGAACACUUCUUCAGGUUUGUCCUGGUGUCCUGACUGAGGCACCUUUUUUAAAUUCUAAAAGAAUUCUACCUACACAGGGACUAUAAUAGCAGGCCUUUUAUUUAAAAAUAUACAGUAUGUAAAAAAAAUAUAGUGUGGUUUUUCCUGUUCCUUGUAGCUGAAUUAAACGUAUUCUUCCAGAGUCUUAGCCUCAUCCUUCUUGCAGAAUCUCUGGAUUUUUUGGUGCUAAAUGGAGAAUUGGGAGCCUGCACAGUAUAUUGCCAAGUGUUCUCAUAAAACAGCGAGACUUAGUAUCAAAUGACUGAUGGCUGAAGCAAAGGUAAUCACCUGUGCAUGUAUUUUUGGGGUAUAUUCCUCAGUUAUUUUUCUCAAGUAUAUUACCUGUUCCAGAAUUUCAGUGUGCUUUACAUAAGAUUUUGAAUGUCUCCUGCCUUAAUCCAUAGGGUUCUACCACUUGCAAGAAUAAUUUCUUCAGCUUGAAUCUUCUCCAUGACAAAACCACUGCCGAAUUCAUUCCACCAGCAGCAUCUGAGUGCUUUAAAACACCAGGUCACCACAGCGGCUUUUAGGAAGCCACUGUCUUUUGCACUGGCUCUGCAACUGGGGCUGGCUGGGUUUCACCUCCCCUCAGGCUGUUCAUCCACCAUUAGUGUUUCAUUAGCAACUGUCUCAAGACUUUGAGUCUCCAUUUUUAAUAGCAAUGGAUCAUAUAAAAGAAUUACAAGCCAUAUUCUUUCCUUCUCUCUUGCGUAUGCCUCUGUUUGAAGGGUGAUUGCUUCUAGCAAACAGCUGCAUCGAGUUCCCCAGAUCCAGCUGAUUUGCUUAUCCCAGUCCCUCUUUGCACAUGCUUAUGGACACAGAAUUCUUCUUUCUCCUCUGGUGGGGAAUUGGGCUGCAGUAGGGGGUUUUUUGGCCUUCCUGGGAUUUUAGUUUGUAUCCAUUUACUGAAAGUGAGCAGAGGUUUGCCCACAGAGCCAAGUUCUUCUGCUUGGAAGAGAGGGUUGCACCUACUACUGUUUUAAAAACUGGUUGCUACCAGUAUCUGACUAAAGGCUCCCAGCAGGAGGAGGUGAAUCAGCCAUUGAAACCCAGGUGUCAGUGUUAAGGGCCAUUAGAGGCUCAAGUUCCCAUUUGGAAAGGUAAGGGAACCCAUCACUUUUCUGGAUGUUGCAAUCAUAAAACUUCACUGCUUUCAACAUCAGCAGCAGAGUGUCAAGAAGUUAAGCAUAUGUUAGAAAAAAAGAAUUCUUGCUUUAAGGACUUAAGAAAAAGGAUCACUCUCCUCUGUAGGUAAGUUAUGUGAGCAACUACUGUCCCCUCAAAAAACCCCUAAAACAAAACCCAACCUUGUGUUUGGGUUCAUCUUGCUUUGUAUCCUCAAAAUUGGACCUCAGUAUAUCUCUGAGGAUAUUCUUUGGAGGAUAUUCUGCUGCAAAUGUCCUCCUGAUCUAGGGAUUUGACAUGCCAUGAUCAUACCUUCCAAUCUUACUUUAUAUGAAUGGAUUGAAUUUCUUAAUUUUUAUUUCUUCAUCCCUCUAGUUUUUGUUGUCAGCUUUUUAAACAAUAUGUAAUUUUCUGAAUGUUCUUUUUUUGAAGACUAGAUACCAGAACAGAACUUGUCCUUACAGUAAUUACCUUACUGACAUCAUAUAAAUAGACAAUAAGCUUUAUAUCCUGUUCUGGUAUUCCCUGUUGACUGUCUACCAGAGCUUAUUUUGGGAUUCACAGACUUCUAGCAUCUGGAUUUUCAUCUUGUGAAUCAAAUCAGUGUAUUUCUUGCAAUAUUGUUUGGUAAAAAUCACUGUAGGCAGCAUUCCAAGGCAGCAACGUGUUCCCAUGACUGUUCAGCACUUGAGAGAGGUGUUUUUUUUCCUUCAGGUUUUUACAGGGAUGAUUACUGAAGCUCUUCUAGACUAUUGAUCAUACACUGUUGAACAGUAGUGAGCCAAAACCAGGUCCCUGAAGCACAGUAGGGAAAACAUUCAUAGAAUAAUUCCUUCACUUAGUUUUUGCAGUCUGUCAACUGUUCUGUAAUCUGCAUUAUUAGUUACAGUGAUAGUAGUGUAGUGAUCACUUUUAUUGGAAUGUCAUGAUUUACAGAAGCCUUGCUUUAACAACACCAAUAAACUCAUUUUUUUUAGUAAACUUAGAAAAGUGGAAUUUUAUUUUUAAAAUGCUUCGACAGGCCUGAAUUAUUGUACAUUCUUGAAUUUCGUGCUGACUGCUUCCCAUGGAUUGCUCUGAUUUGCUUAGAUCUUAGGGUGGAGCAAAGCCAGUCCCUUUCCCAAGAUCGGGUAUUUUACUCUCUCCCCUCAGCCCUGUUGUGUUGUUUGCCCAUUAGUGCCCUUUCCCUCUGCAAGGCAGCACAGAUCCGAAACAUUCCCUGAAUUUGUCGGUGUGCCCGGCCUGGCUCGGCGUCAUUCCCAGUGCUGGCUGUUGGCAGGUGUGACACUCCGAGGGAUGUGCAUGUGUGGACGUGGCUGUUCUGGGACUGCGCUUGCAUGCGGCAAAACGGAUCGUGAUUGCCGGCGUUUGGCAGCCGUGGGAGUGGGGAUGGGAUUGGGAUUCUGGGUGAAAUAAUUCUCAGCUGUCGGAGGGAGGUGUUGGUAGGGAGGUGGAAUUCUUGCACUGUGUCAGGUGACACAUUGAAAAUGCAAAUGUGCUUCCAAGCAUGUCAUCUCUUCAUCGUACCUGAUGAACAAAUCCAAAGCCUGGGUUAAACUAAAAGUAACUUUUUAUUACCUGAUCGUAUUAGUUCAGUAACUUCAGACUAAAGGUUGAAGAGGUCAAUUCAUUCUGUUCUGUUGGAAUAAACUUAACCAAAACUUGCCCAUAUUUGUUUCAGUACCCUCUGUUGGGAAAUGAUGGUUUGGGUUUUUUUUUUGGAAACACCACACACACACUAUGAGUGGUAAGGUACUGCCUUCAGUAUGAAAUGGGUUUACUAUUUUAAUCUUUUCAUGCUAGGUCAUUUAUGAAGUUUAUAUUCUAUUUAUAUUUCUUGUAAGGAGUUCUUGCUCUGGAAAAUAAUUUUAUUGAGUAUGUCAUCAGUUUUGAUGUGACAAAACUACUUCUUGUCUUGAAUAAUACAGUGGCUCUUACUUUAAAAAUGUUCCAAAUAUGCAAUAUGUCUUUUUGGGAUGAAUAAAUGGUAAAAAAUAUGAGAAUAAAUUUACAACACAACAGAAAGCUGA